AUGCCUCCAUUCAAAAUCCAUUCGUCCUCCGUUCGGUCAAAUCGUCCUUCCGUUCGACGGUCCACUCACCCUUUCGUUCGAUGUUCCCUCGUUUUCGAGGGAAGGGCUUGGUGUUCGCUAGACGCGAACUUUCUGAUUCACCCCAACCCACGAACAACAACGGGCCACGAGUGCCCCCCACCCACGGACGGCGACGAGCGCCCACCAUCGCCACCACUCAAACGACAACAGGCAACGGUCACUCACUACCAACCAGCACUCACAACAAUCCAGAUCAGCACUACGGGUUUGGCGAGGACAGGACUGGAGCUGCGUCCACCUCCCAAUGCUGCCGGCCCACACCCCGACCCGAUGUCUCCCCGAUGCCCCACUUUGCAAAUGGGCUCAGACGUGUUUCCAGCCGAUGCAGGAUGGGACUCGACUCCGGAUGGUAUGCUUUGCGUUGCCGAAGCUGAGCCCAGUAUUCAAUUUGCACAUCACACAUCACACCCAAUUUUCAUCAGCCCUGCCAAUAAAUUUUUCUCAAUUUAUGGCAAUUUUGGAGAUUUGUCAGAAAAAUAA